AUGAGCCUGAAUACACCCUUCCUCUGCUUCUCCCUUGUAGUGCUCACCCUGGCCUGUGGGGUCCACUCCGCGCCCAGGCCUGGGCUGUUCUCGGUGAUGGCCGAUCGUGACUUGUGCGUGUUUGAAGACCCCACCUCGCUGGUGACCUUCUCCCCCAGCGCAGUGGUGGGCAAUCUUCUGCUGCACCAGAGGGUGGUCUCUGUGGUGGCCAGUUCCAAGCCUGGUGGAAGCUUCGUUGUGUUUGGUUCGCAGACUGUCGCAGUGCAUAGGCAAGCACACCGCCCCUUUGAACUCGCCUUCAACUUUCACCCCGACAUCACCAUUUAUGACGCCACCUACGUUCCCACCACCGGCGUACUCAUGGCGGUCGGUGUCAACGGGUCGACUGGUUGGCCUGAGGUUGUGUUCUUUCGCUCCGAGGACGGUGGCUUCAGGUGGACCUCCUGGCCCAGUCAGCGUCACACCUAUUCUACCAGCGGCUCCAUCUCCUUUUCCUCUUCUGGCGACCUCGGCCUCUGCGUGCUGGGCGACUACAUUUUUAGGUCCGUUGAUGGUGGGCGCUCGUGGGUGAACAGUGCCUGGAAUGCCUCAAGCGGGUUGGUGACGUCGGUGGCGGUGCUUGACUCGUCCCUCGCCGUGGCCACCACCGCCAACUCACGGGGAGGGGGCAUGGUGCUCAUCUCCACCAACGCCGGGGCGACUUGGCAGUUGAACCCGAACGCGGCCUUUGCCGCAGGGUCCGGCGUUGUGCUCGUCGACCGGCAGACUUGGGUGGUGGCCACCCAGAGCGGACAGAUCUGGCGCACGCCCGACGGCGGCAAGACGUGGGCGCGCACCUUUGCCCAUUCCAACACUGACUGGACGGGCUUGGCCUACAACUCGGACUGGGGCGCCCUUCUUGCCGUUGGCUACUUCUUCAACGACACCGGCGGCGCAGGCGCGAUGGCCCUCUCGUGGGAUAUGGGCGGCCAGUGGUUGCUCUCUAGUCCGCUGGACAAGGCCCACAUGUUCGACCGUGUCGUUCCUGGCACGCCCUCCUUGUGA